AUGAGACUAUUCAUACGUAAAGAGCCUAGAUGUUUAGCCCUCUUGUCCAAUGGCUAUCUGCUAGUUUUUGAGAAGUCCACGAUCGUAUAUUCCGAACAAGACGAGAGAAAUGCCCAGCCUAGAGCGGUAGUCGUUUCCAUGCCCUUAAAUGCUCUUGAAGAGCACAACUUUAUAGAGAUAACAGGCCGCAUUUUUAAUGGAUUACUGGGGCUCAUAUGCGUCAACAACUAUCUUUUUGUGGGCGUCGUUACAAACAACCAAAAGGUGGCAUACCCUAGGUGGAAGCUUGCUAGCACAGGUGAUCGGGAAGAUAUAGAAUCCAUAUACCAAAUUUUGAACGUGGAGUUCUUCUGUCUGAACAGUGAUGCUUUUGACCAUAUGCUCAAUGAUCUCUCUGAACAGAGCUCCGAAAAGUCCGCAAGUGAGCACCCCUGUUCUGAUCUCAAAAAGCUGUUCAGUGAUGGAUCCUUCUAUUAUUCUCGCGACUUCGAUCUAUCAAACAUUUUGCAAGAGCGGGGAUUGGCAAAUGGACUCGAUUAUGCUAUUUAUAAUCAGGAUCAACGGUUCAUAUGGAAUAGUAAUAUGAUGAACGAGGUUGUCCAAUUAAGGAACCGUAUGACGACCAUAGAGAGACCUCUUUUCGAUGGUGCUCUUUUUCUGACAUUUGUUGUGAGAGGAUUCUGCAAAACAAUUCUCACAUCAGAGGCCAACUCUGCACCAUUGACACUCACCAUAAUUUCAAGAAUUUCAACGGAAAACAGGGACAAUAUCUUCGACCUACAAGGGAUCGAUAAGCAAGGACAUGUCUCCAGCUUUAUUGAAACUGAAAUUGUUUUUUCCUCACCCCAGUAUGUUUUUGCAUAUGUUCAAACGAGAGGUAAUGUCCCGCUCAGCUGGGAAGUUACUGAAGGCCAAAUUUUACACGGGAGAAAGAUAAAGCUUCUUGAAGAUCCAGCAUACUUCCAAGGGCCUUUCGACAAACACUUCGACACGUUGGCUUCUAAAUAUGGGGUGAUCAGUGUCUUGAAUUUGGUGAAGCCGAAGAGUGAAUCUCAAGAAAUUUUAAGCGCAGCCUACAAAACCUGCGCUGACAAGAAAAAUGUAAGAAUAAUCAACGUCCAGUACAACUCCGAAAUUUUGACAAAACAGACACACAAGCUCAUAUAUUUGCUGAAGCAAGAUAUCUUUGAGUUUGGUGCUUUUGUAUAUGACAAUCAAAGGGGGAUUUAUGCGGGGAAGCAGACGGGGUGUUUACGCAUAAGUGCAUUUGAUUCCAUUGAACGUCCAAACGUGGUAGAAAAGUGUGUUAGCAAAGAAGUAUUGGAAUUGACCAUUUCAGAACUGGAUGGAAUCCAAUUAUCUGGUGCAUUCCUGGGUGCUCACGACAAACUUUGGGCAGACAAUAAUUUCUGGCUUAAUAGGCUAUUCAACGAAAACUUCAAAACUCUACACAAAUAUAAGAAGGUUUAUUGGAAACUAUUCAGCUCUUCUUCCCGUGUACACCUCUAUGACCCUCUCCAUGCCCAUAUUUCGAAAUUCAUGCGUAAAAUGAAGAGGGAGUUCACAUACCAGAAAAACAUCAACAUCUUCGCAGGAACCUUCAACGUUAAUGGCAAGACACAAGCAGAUGACAUUAGAGAAUGGUUGUUUCCAAGCGGAUCACCAAUUGAUCAGCGGGCAGAUGUGUAUGUGUUGGGCUUCGAAGAAGUUGUUGAGUUGAGUCCAGGGCAAAUGCUAGCAACCGAUCCAUACGCCAAACAGUUCUGGGAAAAAAAAGUUUUAGAGACUUUGAACAGUGAUGAAUCCAGGAGAUUCAUGCUUGCCUGGAGUGGGCAGCUGGGUGGUGUUUUACUCCUCCUUUUUAUUAGUGAAUCUGAGUACUCCAAGGUCAAACAUCUCGAGGGAGAUGUGAAAAAAACAGGUUUUGGAGGCAUGUCGUCCAAUAAAGGGGCAGUUGCAGUCAGGUUUACCUACUCAACAACUAAAUUUUGCAUGCUGGUAUCUCACCUUGCAGCCGGACUCGAGAAUGUCGAGCAGAGACAUCAUGACUACAAAACUAUCGUCAAAAACAUCAGAUUUGCAGGGGAUCUCUCCAUCAAAGAUCAUGAUGUGAUUAUAUGGAUGGGUGACUUCAACUACAGAAUAUCCCUCCCAAAUGAUGAGGUUCGCUUGGCUGUUCGCAAUGCCGAGUUUGGAAAACUCUUCGAAAAGGACCAGUUAAAUGAGCAAAUGAUAGCAGGUGAAUCUUUCCCGUACUAUAACGAGAUGGAAAUCAACUUUCCUCCAACUUAUAAGUUUGACCCCGGCACGAAAACGUACGACACUAGUGAAAAACUGAGGAUUCCUGCGUGGACGGACCGCAUACUCAGUAGAGGUGAAUCUUUAAGGCAAACCAGUUACGGGUCAGCGGACAAUAUUAUAUUCUCAGACCACAGACCCGUAUAUGCCACUUUCAGCUCGCUAGUGACAGUCGUGGAUGAGAAAUUGAGGUCAAAUUUAACGACACAGAUAUAUGAGAGAUUAACCGAGCAACUUGCUGACCUAACUGAUGAAGAGAGAUAUGCAGUGCUCAAUAACAGUGAUGUCGUCAUGGAAAAGGCUGAAAGUGAUGAUCCUAUAGGCCCAGAGAUCAGGAAAGGGCGCAAAUUACCGCCUCCAAGUUCUGCUACGAGAAAAUGGUGGGUUGGUAGUGCAAAGCAAGUCAAAGUCUCAUUGCAUAUUGAUCCGGCAAAAUACAUGAUAAAUCCCAACCGACCGGUCAAUCCAUUCGUCGAGACAGAUGACGAGCCAUUUUUUAUACGUAGAAAGGAAUCUUAA